GCGGCGCCGGCCCCAGACGAGCCGAGCCGAGCCGAGAGCGCAGCCGGGCCGCCGCCGCCGCCGCCGCCGCCUCGCAGAUGCCAUCACAGCAACAAAGAGCUUGCUGAUCUGAGAGCCGCGGCGAGAGCUCGCCUGGAAGCCACGGCGCCGGCUCCCGGAGCUGGGCGGCAGCAGGAGGAAAGGCUCCGGGGGAGGGGAGGGGGCAGAAGAUGGCCAAGAAGAGAAAGCCCCCCAGCAUUAAGGGUGAUCCAAGGAUACAUGACCCACAUUUCAAGGGGCCCGUUGUCAACAGGAGUUGUACAGAUGUGCUGUGCUGCAUGAUCUUCAUAGUGUUCAUUAUUGCCUACAUUCUUUUAGGACUUGUGGCCUGGGUCAAUGGCGACCCCAGAAGAGUGGCCUAUCCUACAGACAGCCAAGGCCACUUUUGUGGCCAAAAGGGCACCCCCAAUGAGAACAAGCCCAUUUUGUUUUACUUUAACCUGCUCAGCUGUACCAGUCCCUCCGUGGUGGUAAACCUACAGUGCCCUACCAGACAGAUCUGUGUCUCCAAGUGCCCAGAAAAAUUUUUAACCUACAUGGAAAUACAAUUUAUGUACAGAAAAGACAGAAACGACUGGACAUACUACAGCCAGUUCUGCAAGUCUGCUUUUCUUAAGCCUGCGAAGACUCUCACACAAGUUUUACUGGAUGAUGAUUGUCCAACAGCGAUUUUUCCAAGCAAACCUUAUCUCCAGAGAUGUUUCCCUGACUUUUCUACUAAAAAUGGCACUUUAACUGUAGGAAAUAAGACAGUGUUUGAAGAUGGAAGUGGAAAGACAAGAAAUGCUGUAGAACUCAGGGCAGCUGCAAAUGGUAUCAAUAAAGUCCUUGAUGCAAGGGCAAUUGGAGUGAAAGUGUUUGAAGACUAUGCAACAACGUGGUAUUGGAUUCUCAUUGGCCUGACUAUCGCCAUGCUCCUCAGUUGGAUGUUCGUGAUACUCCUGAGGUUCACGGCUGGCUUCCUCUUCUGGCUCUUCACCUUUGGUGUGAUUGGGAUUAUAGCUUAUGGAAUAUGGCACUGUUACCGGGAAUACAGCAAUCUUCAGGGACAGCCAAAUGCUCACUUAACUGUAUUUCACAUCGGGAUUCAGACUGAUAUAAGCAUGUACUUUCAACUGAAACAAACAUGGUUCGCAUUUAUGAUAAUACUCUGCAUCCUUGAAGUGUUCAUCAUCCUCAUGCUGAUCUUCCUCAGGGACCGAAUCCGCAUCUCCAUUGCCCUGCUGAAGGAGGGGAGCAAAGCCAUUGGAUACAUCCCUACUACCUUAAUUUAUCCAGUUUUAACUUUCAUUUUCCUCUCAAUCUGCAUUUCCUACUGGGCUGUGAUAGCAGUUUACUUGGCUACAUCAGGGGUACCUAUAUACAAAGUCAUAGCCCCAGAGGGGCAAUGUAAACAUGAAAAUAAAACCUGUAAUCCAGAGAUUUUUAAUACAACUGAAAUUGCCAAAGCUUGCCCUGGGGCUCAGUGUCGUUUUGCUUUCUAUGGUGGAGCGAGCCUGUACCAUCAAUAUAUCACUACCUUCCAGAUAUUCAAUCUAUUUGUCUUUCUCUGGCUUAUAAAUUUUGUCAUUGCAUUGGGUCAGUGUGCCCUUGCUGGUGCCUUUGCUUCUUAUUACUGGGCCUUGAAAAAACCUGAUGACAUCCCACCAUAUCCACUUUUUACUGCAUUUGGACGAGCCAUAAGAUAUCACACUGGAUCCCUAGCAUUUGGAUCUUUAAUUCUUGCAGUAGUUCAAAUGUUCAGAUUAAUCCUAGAAUAUUUGGACAAACGUCUUAAACAGGCCCAGAACAACAUUUCUAAAUUCCUAAAAUGCUGCCUGAGAUGCUGUUUCUGGUGUUUAGAAAAAGCAGUAAAGUUUUUGAACAGAAAUGCCUAUGUUAUGAUUGCAAUAUAUGGCAAAAACUUCUGCAGGUCAGCGAGAGAUGCUUUCAAUCUGCUGAUGAGAAAUAUUUUAAAAGUUGCAGUUAUGGAUAGAGUGACAGACUUUGUACUAAUCCUGGGGAAGAUUCUAGUUGCUGGGUGUAUAGGUGUCCUGGCCUUUCUACUCUUCACAGAAAGACUCCCAAUGAUUAUAGUAGGACCAACAUCUUUAAAUUACUACUGGGUACCUUUGCUGACAGUCAUGAUUGGAUCUUACCUAAUUGCACAUGGAUUCUUCAGCGUCUAUGCAAUGUGUAUUGAAACAAUUUUCAUCUGCUUCUUGGAAGAUUUAGAAAGAAACGAUGGUUCUGCUGAAAGACCCUAUUACAUGAGUCAAUCUCUGCUGAAGAUUUUGAACGAGCAAAAUGCACAAACUAAGAAGCAGUAGAAGUGCAAACUCUGGUCAUCCUGCAGCGGUGUUACCUUUCCCUCAUCUGCUGUGUAUGUGCUACACUUGUUUCAUAAGUGCUUUGUGUAUGGAACACUGUAUUCACGACCUUGUUGGCUUUUAUUUGCAUGUUUUAUACCAAAGCUUAUACUGUAAUACGUGAAGCCAUCAGAAGUUGCAAGGGAAUUGUUAAUAACACGGAACAUUUUUUAUACUAAGAUCUUUUGUUUUGUAAUUCAUUUUUAAAUAGAAUGGCUAGGAUGUUUUGAAAAUGCUAGUGAAUAUGUUAAUAUUGUUUUAAAUAUUAGAUUGAAAAAUGAUACAUUAUUUAAAUUGGUAGCUCCUAAUAUAUUUUUAAAAUUACAACUAAAAGACUUCUGCAGGGAAAAUUGGUAAACAAAGUAAAACAGAAGAUUUUAAAGUUUUCCCCACUCCUGUUUGACAAUAAAUCGGUAAAAGGAGCGCCACAUUCCAGAUUUUGCUCUAAGUAUAGACUGUUUCCUAUUAAACAAAUUGUCAAUCAUCCAGCCUUUACGACUUAGUCCUCUCUGACAAAGUGCCUUACUGGCUGUUUAAUAUUACCCAGCUUUUGUGGGCAAGUUUACACACAUUGUUUAAAAAAAAAAGAAUCCUGCAAUGUUUAGUGAUUAAAACAAGUCUUCUUGCAUUUGUUUUUUCCUUAGCUCACUGGUUGAAAACCAUUUGUCAUUUCAGUAUGUUUGAUAUCCUCACUAUAUAGACUACAUUUUGCAGCAUAAACAAUUUCCCUUGCGCCUAGUGGACAUUCAUGAAUGUGUACUACACGCAAGAAAAAAACCUGAAAGGACACUUGUUCGGUUUGUUUUUUUACUAAAAGUGAGUUUAAAAUGUAAUCUUUUCUAUGAUAGAUAUUUGAAAAUACAAUAGGUAUAAGACUACAUUUCUCAGUGUUUUACACAGAUUGGAAAGGGAAACUUGAAGAAAUUACAAAGGGAAACUUUACCCCUAGAAAGGGUGCUCACAGAUGUCAUGUACUGAAUAGCUCCAUUUUAAAUGAUUGUUUAUUAUCAUCAAUGAGCGUUCUAUGUAUGUUAUUUCCAUUUUCUAACUUUUGAUAUGAAAUAAUCAGUUUAUUCAUGUUACUUUUUAUUGUGCUAAUAUGAACAAGAACAUAAUUUCUAAUUCAAUUUUAAAUAAUUUUAUUAGUACUAACUUUAAAGAAAAUGAUUUCAGUUUGUUACUCAGUGUUACAGAAAGAGUCCAUAAAACAUUCACCCUAAGGGAAUGUCAAUCACACAAUGAUAAUUUGUGAAAGCUUUGAGACUCUAUAGUAAGUUCCUAGCAGUUUAUCUAUUAUAUUUAAAUGUGACUUUGGAUAUUCUUUUAUGCCAAAAACGAACUCAUAUGAGCACAAGACAGUCUGAGCUCUAUAGUCAGUAUGCUUCUGCUGUGCAGAAAUAUUAGGAACAUAUUGUCUAAAUAUCUUUGAUAACUAAACUGUUUAAUAUUUAAUGAAAUUUGUUGUUACUCAUUGUUUUAAAUCUAUUUGUUUUUUCUUCUAAUAAAGAUUUAGAUAAGAAAAAGCUCUUUGCUUUUUUAUUUCUUUAAGCUAGAAAAACCCAUCUAUCAUCAUGACAAAAUCUCCUCUGUAUCAAAUAUCUAGGUUUUUUUUUUUAAAUCUAGAUUUAUCUUUAAACAACUUGUUUUCCACUUUUUCUCUAGCUGUGCACUGAUUGCCAAACCAAAUAACUGAAGCUGAUAAUUUAUACAAAGUAAAUAAGUCAAAGCUAAAUGGAUAAGAAAUGGAGUUUUUUAAAAACCCAAACAACAGCCUAAAUUAGUUAGUUGGUCUUUGUUUUAAUUUGCCAAAAGUUUGCUCAGUCCCACAUUUGGUUUGGCCAACAUUCAUAAGAAGCAAAUCUCAUCAUUUUAAAGGCAGGGAUAAGUUUACAGAAUAUAAAAAAUGUGAACACAAAUUAAUAAUACUUUCUAAGGCAAGAUUAAAUGUCCCUAUCGCUGGUUUAGCUCAGGCUAAAAAUUUUCUUAGGUUCGGAUAUUCCUUAACAAAUCUAUGAGUCUAUUUUAAAAUUGAAUUAAUUAUAUGUUAAAUCUUCAAACUUAAUUUUUCUUUAAAAUUUAAUAGGUUUCUUUAAAUGAAAACAUAAAUGUUGCAGUUUUCAAGGUUGUUUUAAAAUGUCCUAUAUUGGGACUUCCCUGGUGGCGCAGUGGUUAAGAAUCCGCUUGCCAGUGCAGGAGACACAGUUUCCAGCCCCGCUCUGGGAAAAUCCCACAGGCCCCAGAGCAACUAAGCCCGUGCGCCACAACUACUGAGCCUGCGCUCUAGAGCCCGCAACAAGCCACAACUACGGAAGCCCACGCGCCUAGAGCCCGUGUUCCGCAACAAGAGAAGCCACUGCAAUGAGAAGCCCGUGCACCACAAUGAAGAGUAGCCCCCUCUCGCCACAACUAGAGAAAGCCUGCGUGCAGCAAUGAAGGCCCAAUGCAGCCAAAAAUUAAUUAAUUAAUUUUUUAAAAAAUAAAUAAAAUGAAAUAAAAUGUCCUAUAUCUAAUAAGAUGUUUGUUAAUAUAGCUACUGGUUCUUUUCUUAUUUAAAAUAAA